AAACACCACUUCACAUUUCAUGCCUAACUAAUAGCAUAGUCCAAGGGAAAUGAAAAUUGAACAAGUAACCAACUAGGUUUACUAUAACACUGCUUUAUAGUACGUGGUUGUGAUGAAUUAAGUCAAGGAGUAUCAUAAUUGCAGCCAACUAACCAAAAGGAUCAUAAAUUCACCAUCUGUACUCCAUCCACAUGCUUUUUUCAUUCCACUAACACAAUGAAUUAAAUAUUCCUCCCCACUAUCUAUCUAUCUAUCUCUAUACCUUAAAUAUUCCUCUAAGCAAACACAUACACUCUCUUCUACCAUUUCAUGUACACAACAAACAAAGCAAAAAUGAAACAGAUAAGCAUCCUUACUUUUCUCACCAUCUUGCUAACAGUUACUACCUCUGUGUCCUCUAGCAGAUCCACAUCAUCAACCAAAUCUUCACCAUCUGCUGACAACAAAAACAAUGAUGGUGGCGGCGUUGGCGGCGGCAAUGACUAUGGUGGCUCUUUUGGAUUUGGACCAGGAGGAGGUUUUAGCAUACCAGGUUUUGAUAACAACAUAGGAGGAUUUGGGGGAGGCUAUGGAGGUGGAUUUGGUGGUCCAAAUGGAGGGCACUCUACAAAUGGUGUAAUUAGGCCAACUGUUGUCUGCAAAGAUAGAGGACCAUGUUUCCAGAAGAAAGUUACCUGUCCAGCAAGGUGUUUUACUUCCUACAGCCGCUCCGGCAAGGGCUAUGGUGGUGGCGGUGGAGGUGGUGGUUGCACUGUUGAUUGCAAAAAGAAAUGCACUGCUUAUUGUUGAGGGAAGGAAGCCCCUAUAUAUUGUGUGUUUGAGUUUAACUUGUGAUCAACUCCAAUACCCUUUUAUUAGAUAAAUAAAAAUAUAAUACUGCUUCUAUAUGGGUUGAUCUGAGUUGGAACUUGCUUUUUAUUAUAUAUAUGGUUUUUGUAAUGUCUAUUAUAUAGUUAUAUUAUAUAGUAUAUUAAAUUAUGGGACAUUCCUGAGGAGAUUCUGAUUC